UGAAAAAUCUCAAUCAAUUAAGAAAUGUAAAAUGUAUUUGUGCAAAAUAUUGUUAAUAUUUUUUCUUUUAUGGAUUCCAUAUUCAGGAAGUGUUGGAAUAAAAAGUAACCCCAUAAGAACUGAAUAUAUUUUCAAACAGUCUUAUCCCCUUGAAGCAACUCAACAACGCGGAUAUCAGAUUUCACCAAACUUCUAUGCUGCAAUUCAGCAAUCUGAAUUAGCUAAACAAAAUAUGCAAGAGUUAUUACAAAACUUUUUGGAAAAUUUACAACGUAACUUUACAAAAUCUUCACCAUUAUUACUAAGCAAUGCAGAGAACAUGAAUAAAUAUCAGCAAUUGGACAAAUUACAUGGCUUGUCCGAAUUUUUUAAUUUGGCUUCUAUAAGUGCAAACGAUUUUUCUUUGAAAUCAAAAACUUUUAUUGAAUUAUCGAAAAAUGAAAGCAAUGAGUUGUUACUAAAAUUACGUCGAUUGCCUUCAACAGAAAAAAUUUUACCGGGACAUAUUAAAUCAAGCCUCACAAAUUAUUUUACUGAAAUGGAGUUUUUUCAUGUGAUGUUUUCAGAAAUAAUGGAUGAAUGUCUAGAAUAUAUAAUAGAUACCUUAAGGGUGACUCAGUUAGCUUUUAUUGAAUUUGCUAAUAUACAAAACGAAUUACUACGUACUUGGCACCUUAAUCCAACUGAAGGAUGUUUUUUACGGUACAUGGAUUUUUUGCAAGAGUGGUCUGCGGAAAUUUUUAAAUGUGCAACGCAGGAACAUAGUACAGCGUAUGAUAUUUAUGCGUUGACUAUAGUAACGACUAAGUUUAUUUUACAACAACUGGAACACCGCAUUCAAAGACUUUUUAAUUGUUUUAUGUUUGGCCAUUAUAAAAUACGAUGUCGGUUUCUUUAUUUUGUGGAGCAAGAUUUUAAACUUUUAUUACUAAAAUUAAACGAACUUCAAAUAUACUAUGACUUUAAAAUCAAAACAGGUCAUGGAACAACAUUCCAGAACUUAAAAAGUGAAACUACAGGCGAAAUACAAACAGUUCAAGAAAGAUUGGAUUGUAUACCUUAUGGAUUUCCGGAAUUACAGAUGCAAAGUGAUUUAAAAAAAUGUUUUUCAAUGCUCUUAACACGUAACCGUUCAUGAAAUAAAAUUUUAA